AUGUCCGACGUCGCAUGUUCCGAAAUUGCCACUCUAUUGAAAACAUUAAAUGAACAAUUUUUGCCCGGCAAAGAACACAACAUAAAACCAAUUAUCCAGGAAGCAAGUGCAAAUAUGUUUUUACAGUAUAUGUGUUCUGUGAGAUUCGACUAUAAUGAUGAUGAGUUUCAAAAAUUUGUUAACUCCUUUGAUGAAAUAUUUUGGGAGAUAAAUCAAGGAUAUGCAGUCGACUUUUUACCGUGGCUUGCACCAGUUUAUAAAAAUCACACGGACAGUAUAGUUAAAUGGUCCACAACAAUUAGAAAAUUUAUUCUUGAGCGUAUUAUCAGUGGCAGAGAACAACAGCAUGACCGUGUCGAAACGGAUAUGGACUUUACUAGUGUUCUGUUGAAAACUGUGUUCGAAGAUAAAAAUUUUUCCAGGGAAACUAUUAUAUAUAUGCUGGAAGAUUUUCUUGGAGGUCAUUCUGCAAUUGGAAAUUUAGUAAUGAUAACAUUGGCACAUGUUGCACAUAACAAUGCAAUUGGAAAAAAAAUUCAAUUAGAAGCAGACGAAAUAUCGGAAAAGGGGAAACGAAUUAUAAAUCUUUACGAUAUGGAAAACAUGCCAUAUACAAUGGCCACCAUAUCGGAGGUAUUGAGAUUUUCUUCGUCACCUAUCGUUCCUCACGUUGCAACUGAAAAUACAAUUGUCUCCAAUUACGGUGUUACUAAGGGGACUAUAGUCUUAAUAAAUAAUUACAAGCUAAAUAGAUCAAAAACAUAUUGGAAAAAUCCGGACUUAUUUCAACCCGAAAGAUUUUUGGAUAACAGAAAUGUUGAUGGUUUGGAUGCAACAAACGAUGCACGAAUCUCAAACAAUAAUAACAAAAAUGAAAUACGCCUAAAGAAAAACAUUCCUCAUUUUUUACCUUUUAGCAUAGGCAAAAGAACGUGCAUUGGCCAAAGUCUAGUUCGUGGGUUCGGAUUUAUUAUGCUCGCGAACAUUCUACAAAAAUACAAUGUAGUCGCUUCGAAUUUGGCAAGUGUUAGAACAAUACCCGCAUGUGUUGCACUCCCAACUAAAACAUUUUCUUUGGAACUCAAACCACGAAAUAUUGUUUAG